CUGGUUGUGAGCGUCAUUCCAGCUUACUCUGCACUCUGUACUCCACCACUGACUGACACCGGCUCAGUCCUGCUCCUGCUGCUUCCUCACCGCUCGUCUUACAGCCGGCGUGAUUUACUUUUAAUGCCUUUUCAAUAAGGACGGGCGGCUGAUUCUCGUUUGGGGUUUUAAUCUCUUUGAUCUGGUUCGAUCGGCCUGUACAGCUCUUCUCAUCAGCAUCAUUUCCCUCGUUGAUGGAGUUUUUGCAAGGUAGCGGCGACUACUGCCACGCCCAACAUCUCCAGGCCUGAGCCCGGGUGUCGCUGCCCGUCUCUGACAGCUGAAUGCCAGCGGAAACGCCCGUCCUGCCCGGCUCACUCCGGUCCCACUGACUCCCAGAACCGACCUCGCACCAGAUGGGUUAAGUAGCGCCGGGGCUCAGGGCUUUCGGACAGUGCUCCACCCCGCUCCGGCCCAUGACCGGUGCUCUCCUGGUGCCUCGGAGAACCAGGCAGCUAGUUUUGUUUGUACGGACAGAUCACAGGAUCCUCUGUUACAGUAGAGAGGGCUCGUGUAGUCCUGCCGGUGGGUGUGUUUUUAGAGGUGUUUGGUCACAGGACACCGGCCCAGCUUACAGUGUGGCUGGCACUGCGGCAUGACCAGGAUGAACCGACCGGCCCCCGUCGAACUGUGCUACAAAAACAUGCGCUUUCUGAUCACGCACAACCCAACCAACGCCACCCUGAGCGCCUUCAUCGAGGAUUUAAAGAAAUAUGGAGCGACCACAGUGGUGCGUGUUUGUGAAAUAACUUAUGACAAGACGCCACUGGAGAAGGAUGGAAUCACAGUCAUGGACUGGCCAUUCGAUGACGGCGCUCCUCCACCUACUAAGAUAGUGGACGACUGGCUUUCACUGCUGAAGAAUAAGUUCUGUGAGGAUCCAGGCAGCUGUGUUGCUGUGCACUGUGUGGCUGGACUUGGCCGAGCUCCAGUACUGGUGGCCCUGGCGCUAAUAGAAAGUGGAAUGAAGUAUGAAGACGCCAUCCAGUUUAUCAGACAGAAGCGUCGGGGCGCCAUCAACAGCAAGCAGCUGACCUACCUAGAGAAGUACCGUCCGAAGCAGAGACUCCGCUUCAAAGAUCCGAACAACCACAAGAACAAAUGCUGCCUCAUGUGAAGCCGUCUCGGCCCGUCCGCCGCCAAAGGGAACGAUCUAGGACUCGUCCACGGAGCAGAACUGAUCCUGAUGCCACAAAUAAUGUUUUUUUUGUGUUGUUUUUUUAUACCCUCGGACACUCGGCUCCUCUUGGAUCUCCGGAAGACCCCCUAUCGCGGGGGCUUUAUGAGCUCAGGGUUGGUAAAAGACAAGCCUAAUGAGAUUCAUCUUUAAACCUCGAGCCUCUGCGUCUCACGGUUGGCGGUGUUGGCGUGUACGCCUGAUUAGGGUCGAGUCCCAUGCCAUUUAGGGACGGGGCGGGGCAAAAAAAGACACCGGAGACCUCGGAGGAAUUUAUGGCGUGGAAGGAAACCGAAGCACGGGGCGCAAGGAUCGAACCCAGGAUUCCGGGUUGCCUGUUGUGUCCAAGUUCCCCUAUCGCGCAGUCCUGUCAGCCGCGUAGACAUUUUUCAAGUCUCUCGAUACGUCCCAGCCAUCCC